AUGUCGGACGACGAAGCAGACCCCGAGUUGAUUGCGCUUCUGCGCAAGACACUGGGACUGGGAGGCUCUUCCGAUCCUCGAACUGCAGAGACCAAAGUGCUGGAAAAUGCGCAAUACGCUUUCGACAAUGCUAUCGACGUCGCAUUAAACCCCUCCAAGACGAAAGAAGCCGCGGAGACGAUAUGGAACCUGAUGCAGAAGAAAGAAUACUCGACGCAAACAUGGUCGGAGCACGAAUUACACCCUAAAGCGAAAGACGAAAGCACCGUCGACUUCAUUUUCACCAUGGAUCUCCUCAACUUCAGUUUCUGGUCGGAGCUCCCUAGCGAGAAGCGCUUCGCGAUUGAGUACCGAGGAAGGAAGUGGACAGGCUACUGGAGCUUGGUUGCUGCCUUGCAGAGAGCUUUGGAUGAGGACAUUCCGAUCACCACGCCGGAGUUUUGGACCAAGGAAGAUGAAUGUACCGAGGAACUCAUCAAGCAUGUCUUCCGCUCGGCCACCGAUGAAGAGAUUCCUUUGCUCCAGGAACGUCUUCAGUGCCUGCGAGAGGCAGGUCGAGUUCUCUGCAGAGAGUAUGAAGGUAGUUUCGUCAACUGCAUCUACAACUCCAACUACUCUGCGGCUUCGCUAGUCAAUCUGCUAGCAGAGAGUUUCUCCUGCUUCCGGGACGAGACAACCUUCCACGGGCGGAGAGUGCGAAUCUACAAGCGGGCUCAGAUCUUGGUUGCGGAUCUUUGGGCUUGCUUCAAUGGUGAGGGGUAUGGAGAGUUUAACGAUAUUGAUAAAAUCACCAUGUUUGCAGACUAUCGAAUCCCUCAGAUGCUCCACCAACUCGGCUGUAUGUCGUACUCGCCGCCCUUGGAAAGCCACAUACGCAGGUUGCAGCCGAUUCCUAGCGGGUCCAACUGGGAGAUUGAGCUUCGAGCAACCAGCAUCUGGUGUGUCGAAUUGAUAAGAAGGGAAAUCGAACGCCGGCACCCAGAAACCAGGGUGAACCCGACGGUGAAGCCCAACCAAGAUAAGGAAGCAGAAGAAGACGAAGACGCCGAAGAUCACCAGCAGAAAUGCUCAACCCAGAAAUUUGUCAAGAAGGAGCCCGUCCAAAAGCCCGCUGGAAUGGGCGUGAACGCUAUCUUGAUAGAUUUCUUCCUCUACGACACCAUGAAAGAAAUCGAGAAGACUGGACAGGAGUCCAUCCCGCAUCAUCGGACAAGGAGUAUAUGGUAUUAG